AUGACUGUCACACAGUAUUGCAAACAACUUCUGCCCAAACCAUCCUGUCCCAAAGACCCUUUAGGAUCUCAGUGCUCGAAUCAUGGGGUAUGCACCAAUGACAACACCUGUCACUGUGACGACGGCUAUACGGGGGCGGACUGUUCCCAAGUGGGCGGGGUCACAAGAAUCAGACCAAGUUCCUCGAGCUCAUAUCCAGUACACCGGUAUCUCAGACACCGAGGCUGUCCUCACAACCUCACAACAGGUGUCUCAUCCAGUACACCGGUAUCUCAGACACCGAGGCCGUCCUCACAACCUCCAACAGAUCACAGUGUUGAGAUUGUCUGCGGAGUGAUUGGCAGCCUGAUAGUGCUGGGAGGAAUCUGCUUCUUUGUCCUCUGGAGAUGUAAGCGGCCAAAGACGUUCUGGAAGUGGUUAGACACAAAGUUCGGCCACAAUUCUACCUCCCCACAGAAGGAGCCACUCCCUGCCUGGGGUGUACACGGGGGGAAGGGAGGUGGGACACCCUCGCACCCAUCCUCUGGAGGUCAGCCCGGGGGUAAACCAGGAAAGGCCAUUCCUGGGGCACGACCUGGUCAGGGUAGACCGCCCGGACGCUCUCCCAGUGCAACCCAACACGUGCCCCCAGGACACCUGCCCAACCAUGGCCAUUCUCAAGGUCACGGUCACGGAAAAGGUCACAUGACACAAGGCCACAAGGGACAUAAUCCUGCAGGCUUGUCUGGUAGCCAAGGCAACUCAGGCGGACACGGUAACUUCCAUGGACGUCACAGCUUAACUUCAGAUUACGGAUCUCAGGAAUCUCUUGAAUCCAUUCAAUUAUACCGCGACACGGGACCUUCGCCGGGUGCUAUCCAAGGCGAGGUGACCAUGACUGCCCCAAGACGACUGAGCAGAAACUAAUGAAGGAGUCAGUCUCACAUGUAGGGUGUCACGAGUGAUUGUAGUAUCGAUACAUAUCCCACGACCGUAAGUUCAUGAACGUUAGAGAAACGAAACACCAUCAAUACACACAACACUUGCUCCAAAUUCGAAAAAUAAAUAAUAAUAAUAAUAAUGAUGAUGAUGAGUAUUUAUAAAGCGCUGUAUCCAUCCACAACGUCAAAGCGCAUAAAAUGUGAGAAAAGGUAAGCGUAAUGAAAUAAUGGUAUGAAAUAAACCUAUGAAUAAUAGCCUGAAUUAAGGCCUAUGGACGAUAGUAGGAGAUAAAGUCUAUAUAUAAAGGAUGAAUAGUUCAUCAAAAAUAUCUGUAUUACCUGUCCAGUCUAAGUAAACUUAAGCUCAGUAUUAUAUAAAUAUUUCAAACUGGUGCUUGCAAAAUAUUGCGCAUCCGCCGGUAUACAACUACUGGAAACUCUCAACAUCG